GCUAGUUUUAGGUUUAGCCUUCGUCUCUUAUGUAAUCCUAUUAGGAUUAGACGCUCGGUUCAACUGAUUCCCCAUGUUUCUCCGUAAUAAUAAUAAACCCUUUCCCUUCUACAUGUAUUCUCUGGUGCUAUCAAGUUCAAUGGAUUCCGAUUCCGAUUCUGAAGGUUUCCAGUUUCGUCGGACCUCCUUCCACGGAGUCAUAAAGCGGGAACCAUCUCCGGCGGCCGGUCAAAACAUAGUUGAGCGGCUGAAGACCCACAUCAUCGGACAGGAAGAAGCGGUGGAGGCAAUCAGCCGCACCGUCUACCGCGCUUCGACCGGUAUCACGGACCCAAACCGACCCGUUGCGAGCAUCCUCUUCUCCGGUCCCACCGGCGUCGGCAAAACAGAGCUCGCCAUUGCCCUAGCGAUCGAGUUCUUCGGGUCGAAAGAAUCCUCAAUCCGACUGGACAUGAGCGAGUACAUGGAGAGGCACACCUUAUCAAAACUCUUGGGCUCCCCACAUGGCUACUACGAUCACGAAAAGGGCGGCCAAUUGACGGCGGCGAUCCAGAAGAACCCCAACUCCGUUGUCCUAUUCGACGAAAUCGAAAAGGCCCACGUGGACGUCUAGGACGAGCUUCUCCAGAUCCUUGAUUACGGCACCAUGAAGGACGGGCGUGGGAAGAAAUUCGAUUCGGAGGCGCCAUCGUCAUCCUGACGUCGAACAUCGGCCAGGGGGCCCUGAUUCAGGGGAUUCCCGACGAAGCGGCCGCGAAAGUUCGGGUUAUGGAGGAGCUAAAGUGGGAAUUUCGACCUGAAUUUUUGAAUAGACUGGAUGACAUUGUGAUAUUCAGGCCGUUGGCGCCAGAGGAUUUGAGGAAGAUCGUCGAGAUCAUGUUGAUGAAAUUGGCUGAGAGGGUGAAGUCGAGGAAGGGGAUGAUAAACUAUCGGAAAUAAUCGGAACAGAAUUGA